GGUCCCUCUCUUGCCCUUCCAGCUCCCCCCACCUUCGUGGAGACCCCCCCGGCGCUGCUGGAGGUGCCCGACGGUGCCACCCUGACCCUGUCCUGCCGCGCCGUGGGCAACCCCCCGCCCGUGGUCACCUGGAGGAGGAGUGACGUGCCCGUGCAGGGCGGGGACGGGAUGCAGGUGGCCAACGGCACCCUGAGCGUGGCGGCCGUGGGCCGAGCCAGCGCGGGCACCUACACGUGCCAUGCCGCCAGCACCGAGGGCACCGUCACCCACACCACCCGCGUGCUCGUGCAGGGGCCGCCGGUGAUCGUGGUGCCCCCCCAGAACGUGACGGUGAACGUGUCCCAGGACGCGUUCCUGGCCUGCCAGGCCGAGGCCUACCCGGGCAACCUCACCUACUCCUGGUUCCAGGGUGGCACCAACGUCUUCCACCUCAG